GUUCCAGACCAUCCUCGUGCAAGAGGUAAUAAAGCCUAUUAUGAAGAUGCAAUCAGAAAAAGUGAACAACAAAAAAGAGGCGAUGACGGUGAUGUUCCUAUAGAAACAUACAUUGCAACCUCCGAAAUUCCUGAAGCUGUUGAAGAAUUAUCUGAGAGAGAAGUAUAUGAAAAAUUGUGUAGAGGAGAAAAAGUAAUGACACUUAUCAGUGAAAGUAAAUUAAAAUGCCAAUACAUAACAAAUAAUAAUCCUUUCCUCUUAAUACAACCUGUUAAAGAGGAAGAAAUGUUUUUAAAGCCACGAAUUGUAGUUUAUCAUGAUAUUUUAUCAGAUAAUGAAAUUGAAAUUAUUAAACAACUAGCCCAACCUAGAUUGAAGAGAGCUACAGUUCAAAAUUAUAAAUCAGGCGAACUUGAAGUAGCUAAUUACAGAAUUAGUAAAAGUGCAUGGCUUCGCCAUGACGAUGACCCAGUUAUUGCAAGACUUAAUAGAAGGAUUGAAGCCAUUACCGGAUUGAAUAUGGCCACUUCAGAAGAGCUUCAAGUCGUAAACUAUGGCAUAGGUGGACAUUAUGAACCACAUUAUGAUUUUGCUAGGGUAUUUAUUUUCAAAAUUAUUUAUAGUUAUUCUAAUUUGCUUAUAACCUGUUUAUUUAAUUUUGAUAUU